AGUUAACAGCCGUCGUAAGGAAACUAAAACUGCGCCUUUUCCCUUUCCCCCUCUGGUCUGGAAGGAGGAGGAAGACGACUGAAGACUAGACAGAGACUUCAAAUUCGGUUGUUGUUGUUGGGUCUUUUCUUUCUUCUCUGACGGAAAGGAUGUUCCUUUCGGGUCGCUGAAGAGUUCUGAGACGCCAUAAGGUGUAAAGAUCGCUCCUUUCCGGGGUUCUCCUCCGAUCACGAUGGGGAAGAAUGAGAAUGCGAUGGAGAUAGGAAAUUACUGUCUGCUGAAGGAUUUCAGGCUAGAGGUUGAAGCAAGAGGGGAGCAGGGAGAAGGAUCCUUUUCUUUCUGCUUCUGGGUCUACCUCUUGAGCUCCACUCCUUUCCCUUCCACGCUCAUCCGUCAGGUGGGCUCAGACAUGAUGGACAGUGCUCCUCUUCUGGUUCUAAACGAAAAAAAGAGAUUGAUGCUAUUUCCGUUGCUUCCCUCCCAAGAUGAUGAAGCUCCAGAUCCUAACAAUUUGACUCUGUGGAACAAUAUUCCACAUGCGUCUUUGGAGAGUGAUUUUCCCUUUGGGAAAUGGACCCGCAUUGGAUGUGAGGUAUCAAAUGGAUUUUUGCGGCUUUAUGUUGAUGGGGAGUUGGUGGAGGAGAAGACACUAGCCUCUUCUGAAACCCAAACUUCAAAUUUUAGCGGUUUGAGAAGGAUCAUUUUGAUUGGUAGCAAUAACAAUGAGAGUGGUCUAUCAGGCUAUCUCUACAGUCCAAAGGAUUUUCUUAGUGCAUCAUCUAUAAAGGGUCAAUACAAAGACUCCCCGAUAUACUUAAUUGUUGAUAAUUCAUCUGCUGUGGACAUAGAAAAAGGUAGCGACGGUGUUUGGAAUAUCGUUGGCGGGAAGGCUUCAUGUCGAAGGAACUUCUCUUUGGAUGUUGUCUUGUUAGAUGCCUUAGGAGAGACUGUAGAUAAGGAAAUCGAGGUUGUUGCUUCACUUAUAUAUGCCAACAAUGGCACCCCUGUGGAGAAGACAAGCGAUGGAGAAGCACCCCUUUUGACAAGCUAUGAUGGAAUCGACUUCGAUUCAUGUGAUAGACCGAGCAAAUUAUUGCAAGGUCGUGCUUCUCUCCGUCUCAAGAUUUCUCAGCUUUCAUCAAAGUGCGACAACAAGCUCUUCCAGAUUAAGUUUAAUGUCCCGAAAGCCGGAAAGUAUCCUUUCCUCGAGGCUUUGUCCUACCCAAUCCGCUGCAUUUCUCGGAACCGAAAUGUUCGGACAUCCUCAGUGAUAAUCUGGAAAAGACCAGCCUCUGGAUUUUUAUCAGUGUGUGGUUCUCAAUCAUCAAGAGUUAACUUUGGGUUGCCAGAUCUUCCGAGAAGCACUGUUCGGGAAGCAAAGCCCAGUCCACUGUCUAAACGGGUCAGACUGGCGAAUUACACCUUUGAGCAACCUGAUGAUGAAUGCAACUCCCAUGUCCAAACAGCAAUUCAGGCCAAGAAUUUUUCUACGACAAAUUCGAAAAUGCCCCAGGAGGAAUCUGAAGCAGGGGAGAAGUCUCCGUCGGACUCGGAGAGUACCAGAGAGGGAAACUCGUGUUACAGGAAUUCAAGGACUGGAAAUUCGAUUUCGGAUUUGGCCAUUUUCAAUUACUGUCUGGGAGGCUCAACUGAGAGGACUCUUCUGCUCAAGGAUAUUACUUCGUCUGCUUCAAAUGAAGAAAUUUUGGAAUUUGCAGAUCAGGUCGCCCUUUACUCAGGAUGUUCCCACCAUCGUAACCAAAUUAGAAUUGCAAAAAGACUGAUAGAGGAAGGUGCGAGAUUCUGGAACUCAAUUUCACAAGAUAACCAACACGUGAAUUGGGAGAGUGUGGUUUUCGAGAUCGAAGAGCAGUUCAUGAAGAUAUCGUGCUGCAAUACAAGAUCUCUCAGCCAACAGGAUUUUGAGAUUCUUCGGAAAGUCGCUGGAUGCCGUGAUUGUAUGACAAAAGAGAACUUCGAGAAAAUGUGGCGUUGGUUAUAUCCUGUUGCCUUUGCUCUAUCGAGAAGUGCCCUGAGAGAGAUGUGGAGCUCUAAAUCACCCACAUGGAUAGAAGGAUUUGUCACAAAGGAAGAAGCAGAAGCUUCGCUUCAAGGCCCAGGCGGGUCCCAGAAACCUGGAACAUUUAUUCUUCGAUUUCCUACUUCACGGAGCUGGCCCCACCCUGAUGCAGGCAGCAUAGUUGUGACUUAUGUUGGAGCUGACUACUCUCUUCAUCACCGGCUCCUCUCACUGGAUCACAUAUAUUGUAAUGGAGAAAUGAACAUGACACCACUACCAGAGAUGCUGUUGGCAGAGCCUGAGUUGUCCCAAUUAGGAAGGAUAUCAACAAGAAGUCGAUGAAUCAGCUCAUCCAAGAGUUUCUUUCAAGUGCUACCAUUCUGUCAUUUAGGUUAAUGUUGAUAACACCAGAGGACUUUACGCCCUGCUGUUGGCGGUUUUGUAGAUUAGUUUUGUUCACUUUUAGCUUACCCCAGUUUCAAAACAGCACGGCUUUGUUAUAUAUGUACACUGGUAAUCAAUAUUUAGCUUCAUGAUGGGCUGCUAUUUGAGGGAACUGCACUGCGUCCCACCGAGGCUUUUAUUGUUUUAUGGGAUAUUAGCAACAGAAAGUCGUCUUUUUUUUAGUCUAUUUGGUAUU